AUGGCCCUUACUUUACAAACUUCAAACAUUAAUUCAGUAUUCUCUCUCAGAAAUAAAACCAAAAACUAUAAUAACGCUAUUAUUACCGUUAAUAACAAUAAUAAACCUUCUUCACAAAUACAAAUUCCUUACAUUCCACCAGAAAUAAUCAACAUCAUUCUCUUUCAUUUAAAAGAAGACAAAAAAUCUUUGGCUGCUUCAACUAACGAAAUUUCAAAUCGUACUUGUCAAAUUCGUCACUUUGAUCUUUCCGGCUUCUCGACAAUUGGCCUACAAAAAAGUAACGCAACAUACAAAAAUAUCAUCAACCCUCAAUGCAUCAUUAACAUUUUAAGAUUUUGUCCGAAUUUGGCGGCCUUCUCAAUCUCUGAGAGUUUGGAAUCCACAAUCACUUUCGAACUAUUAAGCGUGCUAUUCUACGAAUGUAAAGAUCUUAAAAUGUUGGAUUUCUGUGGAUGCUCCAGCAAACAAUUCGCAACAAAUUUCACUAAACUUGCUGAAUCGUUGGGAAAAAUUAAUAUUACCAACAUGAUCAAUAACGAUGGCGAUGAUGAUCAACAAGUGCAAAGAUAUUAUCGAUUUGAAAAAGUACCCAACAACAACAAUCAAUCAUUGUUGCUUAAUCAUAUCCAAAGAAUCUCAUUGCACGAAUGCCCAUCACUAUCAGAAUACUCUACCAUUAUUCCAAUUCUUGCCCAUAUGCCAAACAUUACUCAUCUUGAUCUAGGUGGUUGUGCGAUCAGUGACGCUACAUUGGAAUUCUUGACCUACGAAACAAAUGCAACAACAUCUUUGACUGAUUUAUCACUUGCAAAAUGUAAAAACAUCUCUUCUCCAGCCAUCUCCUCGUUCAUUUCACAAUGUCAAGAACUUGUAACUUUGAAUCUCUACACUGAUAAAGCUGUCCUCGCCUCCAUAACAGAAUAUGAUCUCAUCACCAUGAUCAAUAGCUCACCUUCCACCAAAAAAUUAAAAUCUCUAAAUAUCGGUUCAACAAACAUCACUCCACGCGUUUUAUACGCCAUACAAGAAUCAAGCAGCAACCUUAAACAUCUAGGCAUAGCCAAAGCAAAUAUCACAGACGUUUCCCAAUUAACCGAAUUCGUCAAUUCGAUGCCGUUACUUGAAUACGUUGAUUUUACUUCGAUAGGUUGUCUGUCAUUCUUGAACACCAACAAUGGAUUUAUUUCUGGUCUUCGAAAAAACCAUCCAUUACACACAAUUGAAAUGUGCCAUAAUUUGUUGAAGAAAUUGAGGGCUGUCGAAGGUUGGAAAAUCAAUGAAAACUACACCAGACGUUGGUAUUACGCAAAAGAUACUCCCAACAAUGUCAGGCCUGAUAGAGUCUAUAGUAGAAAAUUGGAUAUUACCCAAUCUGGAUACCAAAAAAUGAGCAAAAUAUUUCAAUAUUAUGCUUAUGGCGUUUAA